GCCAUGCCGGCGGCGGUCAGGGUGGCGACUACCAGAAGUACAUGUCGGACUUCCAGCAGUACAUGAAAGGACAGGGAGGCAGCCAGGGUGACUACCAGAAGUUCAUGUCCCAGUACGCGUCAGACUUCAACAAGUACAUGCAAGGCCAUGCAGGCGGCGCGCAGGGUGGUGACUACCAGAAGUACAUGUCGGACUUCCAGCAGUACAUGCAGGGACAGGGAGGCCAGGGCAAGGGUGCGCCGGGCGACUACCAGAAGUACAUGUCGGAUUACCAGAAGUACAUGAAGGGCCAGGGAGGCAGCCAGGGAGACUACCAGAAGUACAUGUCCGACUACAAGAAGUACAUGCAGGGCCAGGGUAAGGGAGCCCAGGGAGACUAUAA